AUGAAGUUUCCGCCUGAAGACGGCUUGUGCCUGUGCGUGCAGCGCCAGAGCCUCCGAAGGAUUGGACGGCCGUGUGCCCCUCCGACGGUUGAUGUGCGGUUUGCGGCAGCGGCAGCUGUUCACCCGAUUUGUCCAGGCCGUUGGUCCCAAGCCGCGCUGAAACUGCCGCUGCUGGCUGCGACUUCCCUCCUCGAUUUUAUUGAUAUGUAUUGCUUUGAAUAUCCGAUAAACUUGCGAUACAGCAGGGGAGUAUUGAACAAUAUCUCGAUAAAGGAAUAUACUCAACCGCUGCGGCGCUGCGGCUGCGCGCUGGUGUGCAAGCUGUGCUGCCAACAGGCCGGGAACCUCGAAUUCGGCGUGUUGUGUCGCCAAAAGCCCGAAAGAAGCAAGAAUCGAGCCUGCUCUUCUGCAGGUGCCACCGCUCGCGCCUGCGGCUGCCCCUGCCCAAGAUUCUUCACAUCUCGCACGUCCUGCUGCAAACCGCCAAGGGCCUGCUGUUCGGGGACACGGGCAAGCGGGCAGAGUGGCGCAGCCAUGGUCUUCCAUGCUGAAGCGGGCCGCCGCGUCUGCGGCGUGCUUCGUCUGAAGUUUCAGGAUGGCUCCCGCAAGGCGCCGACGCAGGGCUACCACGGCUCAGGGCAAAGACUUUGCCAGCGCCUCCCGUGCCAGGCAGCCACCAGCACAGCAGCAGCUGGCUGCCGCCCUUCUGGCCCCAAAGGGCCCCUCAAAGCAAACCCCAACCGAUACCGAUACAAUUCGGUAUGA